AUGAUGAUAUCCAACCUCCCAAGUGAAAUGGUGGUGGAGAUCAUUUCUAGGGUUCCGAUGAAAUCUGUGGGAGAAGUUCGAUCUACUUGUAAAAAGUGGAACUCUUUCUUCCAAGAUCUGAGCCACGAAAAGUAUUUCUUAAUGUUCGGGGAAUCUUCUAAGCUUGAACUGAAUCGCGUCAAUCUCCAAAAGAUCAACGACAACCAUUUUGAUCUGUCCAUAAACCGUCAAGGAUACGACAAAUCUUGCGGUAGCCACAAGAUCUUGAAGUUCUUCGACCAUGAACUCGAAAUAUACGAUUUGAGCUCAAACUCUAAUUCAUGGAGUGUUCCUGAUGCCACUCUUGGCUUGGAUAUAGAAGUGUGUUGGAAAAAGCCAGGUGUGUCUGUGAAGGGAGACACUUACUGGUACGCUAGAGAUAAGAUAUCACGAGAAGGUUUCUUGAUCGGUUUUGAUUUUACAAGAGAGAGCUUUGGACCGCGUCUGCCUCUGCCGUUUAACUACAGUUUUGAGAGCGAUGUGCCUAUAUCUGCGGUUGGAGAAGAUCAGCUUGCGGUGUUGAUGAUGCUGCAUGAGAGUCAUGUGAUGGAGAUUUGGGUUACGAAUAAGAUUGAGCCGGAUGAAGUGUCGUGGAGCAAGUUCUUGAAAGUUGAUAUGAAGCCCCUCGCUUGCGUCACCAAGGUCGAAAGUUUCUUCAUCGAUGAGGAGAAGAAAGUUGUUGUGGUUUUUGGUGAGGACGGCCUUCACGAUUGCAACAACAGUGCUCACAUCAUUGGAGCGAAUGGAUAUUUCAGAAGCGUGGAUCUCGGAGAAUAUGAAGAAUUUGCGUGCUCUUAUGUUCCAAAUUCUGUGCAUAUAUGA